AUGGUGGAGAUGGUGAACGCGCCGGGUAAGAGUGGGGCGACGACUGACGUCUACCCACCUCCCGCUGCCCAUAUUCGACCGUCUUUUGCUUCACUCCCCAAAUCUGCAACGACACAAUCGCCCACCGAGGCCUCACUCAAGUCAGUCAAAUCAGUCGAGUCAAUAGCAGCAAACGGCGCCUUCCCACUCGGCUCGCUUCGGGUCAACGAUUUGAACCAGGACGACCAACCGGCUACACCACUCACCACACCAGCCAUACCAAACCAGACCAUGGAGGUCUCCAAGGCUAAACCUCCUCCUGCCUUGUUAAAGGGCGGCGAUGUCUUCAUUCUGGAUGACCUCCCUGCUAACUUCACCGUGGGCUGCGAUGCAAUGUCGUUUAACACGACGAAACCAUUCCCGGGCUUCAAAGACCUACCUCCUGGCGCACAUCUGAUCUGGGUCGCUCCGUCCGAGUCAACCUCGUCGAGAAGUGCGUAUUGGAUACAUACCCCAGAAAAAGACCCCGAGGAGCCCGGAGAGGUCUACGUCAAGCAGUGGGACAAGUUCAACGAAGUCCUGGGCGAUCCGGCGAGCCACGCCGAGGAGCGCUUCCAAAAAGAAAAGCUCGAGCAGAUCUUCGGGAGCCUCGCGCCCUACCAGUUUCGAGCGACUACUUCGGGCAAACUCCAAAUAGAAGCCCCAAGCCAGGAAGAUGACGCGCUGCCUACCUUCUUAAAUAACACGACCAUCUGGUUCCAGCUUACUUUUGCGAUAAGCCCAGGCCUUCUAAACAGGAUCACGAGCAAGGAUCAACGAACCUGGCCCGUCACGACCAUGGACGGCGUGUCGGGCGAAGUAUCCAUGGCUGAAGAAGCCAGACUCUACGCCAAAGGCACACCGCAAUUACGGUUCAUGUUUCCCAUGGACACCCACCUCAUAAACCCAGAAGCCGAGGGGCGGGAGCGGACGCGUCAAGCGCUGGAUCCCACAAACUGGAUCAUCGACAAGCUCGAGGGCGCUACCGCCGGCGGCCAUGCCGACGAUCUCGUCGGCGAGCUACAGUUCGGCUUCCUAACCGGCAUGCACCUCGGCAACUACUCGUGCCUCGAACAGUGGUGGUUCUUCGUCACCCGGCUCGUCUUCCGUUCUUAUAAUUUGGUCGUCGAGCGGCCGCAGCUGGCGCGCGACCUGAUCCAGACGUUCCACGCGCAGCUGCUCUACAACGACCGCUACAUGGACGGCGACGUGCUCGAGGACAUGCCGGCCAACGCGAAAAUGUUGCAGAAGGCCAUGGUGACGUACAAGGCGCGCCUGGACGAGAAGCUCCUCGCGCUCGGCGACCGCUGCACGCCCGACCAGCACUCCGCCGGCGUGGCCUUUUCGUCGCUCGAAGCCUGGCUGUGGCGGCUCGGCUGGGACCUCAGGGGCGAGUACGUCAGGUCGGGCAAUGUGAUGCUGGAGGAUGGCGAGAUAGUCCAGGCGGAGCUGUCGGAUUUCGAGGACGAGGACGAGAGGGGCGAGUUUGCGCCUGUGGUGGUGGAUCUGGAGGACGGGAGGGAGACGGGUCUGGUGUCGUGGGACAGGUGA